CUCUUUUUCUCACGCUUUUCUCAGAGACGAAGGCAAUCGUCCUCCACUGUUGGGUCUCAAGUAAUUUUUCGAGCUUUCACUCUUAUUUUCAGAAAAUGCGUUCAAAAAUACCUGCUUCUAAAGGUCGUAUGAAGGUUGUUGGAAAAGGUGUUAAGUUCGAUUUUGCGAAAAUAUUGAGGGACUUGCCCUCAAGCCCUGAUUCUGAAGCUAAUGUGCAUGUCCGGGCCUCAGAUGAUGAUGAUUUUGAGUCUCCUGCUCCUCCAAAAAAUUCGCAACAAGAGAGCAGUCGAAUGACUCGUUCGCAAACGAAGAAUACUCCUACUCCAGUUAAAUCAUUGAGGGACUUGCCCUCAACCCCUAAUUCUGAAGCGAAUGCGCAUGUCCAGGCUCCCGAUGAUGAUGAUUUUUAGUCUCCUGCUCCUACAAAAAAGUUGCAACAAGAGAGCAGUCGAAUGACUCGUUCACAAACGAGUAAUACUCCUACUCCAGUUAACAUUGUUAGAAUAAGGAGUAAGAAAUGUGGGAGACAUGAAAAAUCAAAAGAAAAGCUGAAAGUUGAUUUGGUUAAUGAAGAUGAUGUAGGUCCCACUGUUAAACCGAAAAAGAGAAAGAUCAAGGACGAUGGUGAGAGUGGUCUUGAUUGCAUAUCCAAAGAACAAAGGUUUGCUAUUCGCUGCAAAUUGAACGAGAGAAAAGCUAAGCUGAAGGUUGGAGACUUCUAUAUACAACCAGUUGAUCAUUUCCACAACAGGAUUAGUUCCCAUACCGAGACUGAUAUUGUGAGCAUGUUGAAGCAAUAUUUGACUGACACGCAACUUCAAAUGUUCCGUGCUAGUUGUUUUGGGUACUUCUUGGACCUCCCUCAAUUUAAAAUUCAAAAUCAACUUAUUCAUUAUAUACUAUUGAGGGAAGUCAUCCCAGGAUGGGAAAGGGAGUUGUGGGUUAAAAUUAAUGGUUGUUUGCUGCGUUUUGGCAUUGGAGCGUUUGUUGUUAUCACUGGUCUGAAGUGUGUAGAAGAAGACGCCACAUUCUAUGACAAACCAGAUGUCAAUAGGUUGCUAAAAGAGUAUUUUCCGGGAGAUGGAAAAAAGGCUAUAUCGAGGGGGCAGCUUCUUGAUCGCUUCAAGAAAAAGGACUGGAAGUCGGACGAAGAUGCGUUCAAGAUGGCCUUGAUGGCGUUUGUCCAUCAUUGCAUAUUCUCAGAUGCCAAUAAUCAUGGUAUCAACAAAGAUGAUUUUGAUAUCAUUGAAAGUGGUCAAUGUCACACAUAUGCUUGGGGAAAAAAGUCAUUUGAAGAUAUUUUGAAGACAAUGAGGGACAAACAAUGUGACUAUUUGACAAUGUAUAGGCUCGGAGGUUUGCCACUUGCAUUACAAAUAUGGUUUUUUGAGUGUUGCUAUAUGGUUGACAAGCAUCUAGCUAUUCGCGUUGGCACAAAUGUGCCACGCAUUCUUAAUUGGAAAGUCAAUGAAACUCCAACAUAUGCGGAUUUGACUGGCGGGGUAAUCAUGUCUAGUAUCGACAAGUUGAACUAUAGGAACAUUUCCCCUACUCGUGAAGAGAUGUCAACUCUGAACAUCACCACGCUUUUUGAAGUUAAUGCUGCUGAUGUUGCAUCAGGGGAGGUCCCUGCCUUUCACACUGAUAAUUCUGUCUUUGCGUCUCCGCCUUGUCCUCAGAAUAUGGAGCAAUAGUCUAAACGACCUUAUCCUCAGAAUACGGAGCAACAGCCUAACCCGAGUUAUUAUCCUUCGGCGCGCAUUGAUCUGUUGAAUGAUAAAGUUGAGAAGUUGAGGAGUGUUGUUGGAAAG